AUGGAUAAAUAUUGCCUAGUUCCUCCUCGUAGAAAUUACCGAAGAAAAACCUUUUGAAAUACUUUCUCUAGUCAUAUAUUUCUCUGCUGUACCAAGAAUGAAGUAAAUUUUAUGCAGGAAAACACAAAGCGAGAACGCAAACAAUUUUGAAAAAUAAUCCGUGAUAGAAUAUCAAAGAAAAAAGACACUGACCGAACUUAUAACAUUUUGCUUGAUCUUUAUGAGCAAAAAAACGUGAUAAGUGAGCUGGAAAAAUGCAAAAUAAGUCCGUCAUUCACAAAAUUCAAGCGUGAUGAUUUAUAUUUCACAAGGCCAAAUGGUUUGGGUGAAAAAAAUUUAUAUAAUUAAUUUAUAAAAAAAAAAUAGAAAAAUCAAUUUUUAUUAAAAAAAUUAUUUUAACAGAUGUGGAUUAGAAUUUUAUGCUCCUCAACUAUGGUAAAAACUAGUCAGCAACCUUCUGCUAUACGAUUUUCAUGAAAAUUUAGAAGAGCUUGUAAAAACCGUCCUGGUCCUAUGCAAGCUGAGUUUUCAGUUCUCCCACAAGGUUUAUUGAUUUUUAAAUUCCACUGAUUUUUCAGUUUUGGAACCACCGAAUGUCGACCCAUUUUAUCUAAUCAAAAGUAUUGAGACAAUUUCAUCAGAUUCUCAGUCAGUGUUUUUGGGUGAAGGAAAAAAAUUGUUAAAUUUGUUAGCAGAACAAGGACUAGAUGCUGACUCCCCCCCCCCCCUCCGUGAGCGAACAAAACCAUUAGAAAAAUCGCCAUUUUUUGACCAAAAACCCACCCCCUCCGUGAGUGAACAAAAAUUUUUUUAAUAGAAAAAAUUUUAAUGAAAAAAAAAUUUGGAUAUAUAAGUGAUAAUUAGUAUAAUGAAAUCUAGAGCUAAUUCUGUUUAAUUUUAAACAAAUUGCGUUUUAAAACAUAAAUUUUGCAAAUUUAAAUUAAUAUUUGCUUCCCAAUUUUUGCAAAUUAGGAUUUUUUUAAAUUUCGAAAAAAAUAUUUUUUAUAAAAUUUAUAUAUAAAAAUUUUUUUAAAAAAAAAAUAACCCCCCCUCCGUGAGUGAACAAAAUUUUUUUGUUCGCUCACGGAGGGGGGGGGGGGGGAGUGAGAAAACAAAUACACAGAGUUUUGCAGAGAUAGUAAAUGAAGAAAAUGAUAAACAAAUCCAGGUUAGGGAGGUCAUUAAAAUGUAUAAUGAAAUUGGAAAAAAUGCAGAAGUUCCUAUUGAUGUAAAUCCAAAAUAUAUCCCUUUGAAUCCUUUCCCAAAUAAUGAUAUAUCUUCUUAUAUUAAUUUUUACAUUUAAAUUUAAUUUAUUUUUUUUAAAAAAAAAAUUUGUGAUUAUUUAUUUUAAAUUUAUAGGUCUUUUAAAGGAUAUAUAAUAGAUGGAUACCAUUCUACCCUCUGGUUCUAUGACAGACUAACACAAAUUUCUUUAAAACUUUUAAAAUUCCCUAAAAAAGGUGAGCUGCUAAAAGAAGAGCUAAAAUCCCUAAAUUUACUUCUCCCUGCCGCAGUUUAUAUCCCUUUCAGCAACCUAAAUUGCAGGAACUCUUCAAUCUUACAUAUCCCUAUCUCAGAAGCUAAAGUUUUUACCACGAAAGAAAGGGCUCCUUUCCUUAUCUGUAUUGAAGUUUUCAGACCAUAUGAAGAGCUUCAAGACAUGGACCUACACAACGAGCCAGAUCUAAGACGAAGAAUAAUAAGAGCUAACACCCUGCCUUUUAAGCUAGAAAACCGGCACAGUGAAGACUUUAAUGAUCCUACUACAGUAGAGCCAGAAGGUAUCAAUGAACUAAUGAAGUCUUUUGUACAGAGAAACAGUGAUGAAGGCGCUUUUAAGCUCCAAAACAGCUUUGCAGGUCUGAGCCCAGCAUUACAUUAUGAUGGAGUAUUUUCAAAUAUAGACCCUAGGGCUACUACAAUUGGGGUAAUUUAUGGAAAUAUUGAAGAUGAGGAAGAAGAAAUGGAAACUAAUGAAAAUGUAGAGCAGCAUCCAAGUGCUUUAAAAGAGUCCUUUAAAGAACAAGCCAAUAGGAUAAAGGCAAAAAGCCCUUUUGGGAAGCUUAAAACGUGGGAUUUGGUAAGGGUCAUUGUCAAGAGUGGGGACGAUCUGAGGCAGGAGCAGCUUGCAAUGCAGCUGAUAUCAUUUUUUUGGCAGACUUUUAAAGAAAAAAAGCUAGAUAUUUAUUUAUAUGCGUACGAAAUUUUAGCGACAGGCUUAGACUGUGGAAUAAUUGAAUGUGUGCAAGACGCUGUUUCUAUAGAUGGCUUAAAAAAAUCUUUGCCUGCAGACCGUAACACCCUUUAUGACUUCUUCAGAAUCCAAUUCGGCGACGAAAACUCUAAAAGGUACAAACGGGCCAAAAAAAAUUUUAUGCGGAGCCUCGCAGGCUACAGUCUCCUUUGUUAUAUUUUACAAAUAAAAGACAGACAUAAUGGCAAUAUUUUAAUUGACAGACAUGGGCACCUAAUCCAUAUAGAUUUUGGAUUUUUGUUCAGCAACAGUCCUGGUGGAAACUUAAACUUCGAAAAAGCUCCAUUUAAACUUACAGAUGAAUUUGAAAGAAUUCUAGGAGGGAGAAGGUCAAAAAUUUUUAUUGAAUUUAGGUCAUUGUGUGUGAAAGGAUUUAUUGCAUUAAGAGCUAAGGCAGAACAGAUUAUUUUAUUAGUAGAAAUGAUGAGGACUGGGUCUGGGGCAAGCUUACCAUGCUUUUGUAGGGGUGAAGAAGCUAUAAAAGAAUUGAGAGCUCGGCUGAUGCCGAGAGAAAAAAUGUCAGAAAGUGACUGUAAAGGUUAUGUAAAUAUGCUAAUUGACGAGAGUUUGGAUAAUUGGACUACAAGGUGCUAUGAUAGAUUCCAGUAUUGCUGCCAAAAUAUUUUUUAUUAG